UAGAUAUCGAAGCGAGAAAGUCAGGAGCGUGCUCGAAUAACUAAGAAUGGCGUAUCAUUGUCUCGAAGAGAAAAUUUUGAAGUAAUUGCUGACGAUGCUCGAACAUGCAGGUACUGCAACACUACGGUGUUUCUUUCCGGAUUGUCGUGUGCUCAUGGAAACACAGUUUGUUUGGAACAUAGUCAUCACCUGUGUUCCAAAUGCCCGAUCUCAGAAUAUGUAUUAAGAUAUCGUUAUACGAAUGAUGAGCUUAGCGACAUUGUUCACAAACUGGAAGAGCGAACGACACUCUACUUUGAUUGGAAAGAAGAAGUUGAUCGGACCCUCAAUGAUCCCAAGAAGCCUUCACUGAGUACAGUGGAAGGUUUGCUCGAGGUUGCUCGGCACAAGCGAUUUCCACAGACGAGCCCGCUUAUGCGACUACUUGACAUAUCGAAAAAGUGUAACACAGCUUCAGAAAAAGCUCGUACCCUUCUCAACGGAAAAGUUAGGACUAGAGUAAAAACGCGAAUCCAGCGUGCUGAUACACGUCUUGAUUUAAGUGGAAUCCGAUCGCUUAUAGAUGAACUUGCCGGUCUGCCUUGUGACCAACAAUCGCUAAUAGACGAACUCGAG